AGUCCCUGCCAGCACGAGAGCCUCCUCCUCCUCUUCCCUUGGCGGAGAGAUCGUCAAUCCGAAGAGCUCCUUGCCCCGCCUCCGUCGUCGUCGCCGCCUUCGUCCGCCCGUCGGUGUUCGAGGCGCCCCCAUAUCCCCGCUGCUCUCUCUCUCUCUUCGUCGCCUUCUGCAGGAGCCGAGCUAGUCCUCUGGUUCCUCUCGUCUGCGUCCGAAGCGAAUCCGAGCGGUCAUUCAAGAUGCGUUCGGUGAUAUGCGGAAUCCUCGUCCUGCUGGCCUGCUGCUGGUCACCUGCUGAAGGCUGGGGUUAUAUCUUCAGCAGGUUCCGGCCGGAGUCCCAGAACAAUCUGGGAUACGGAAGCGCCGGCUACAGUGGCUACAACGGCCCCUUGGCUGAGCGGCUGGUGUCUCCUCGCGAACAACUGAUGGAGGCGCUCCUGAGUGAGGAGAUCCUGGAGGAGCAAGGCUGCGAAGGGCGCCGCUGUACCGCCAACGAGCACUGCUGCGGCGGCCACGUCUGCGUCGACUUCGAUGGUGCAUCGGGGACUUGCCUGUCAUCCGUGGGUCAGCGUGAAGGUGCUGAAUGCCGCAGUGACUCUGAGUGCGCUGCCGGCCUCCUCUGCGAUAUGGGAUCUUGCGUGCAGUUCCAGGGCAAGAAGCGCUACAACGAGCCUUGCAGUGUGAGCACAGAGUGCGAAAUUGGCCGCGGUUUGUGCUGCCAGGUGGUCCGCCGUCAUCGCCAGGCGCCCAAGACGCUCUGUGGAUAUUUCAAGGACCCCAUGAUCUGUAUCGGUCACGUGGCUACAGACCAGGUCCAGCACAUCGUGGAACACACCGAUGGAGAGAAGAGACUGACGGGAAAAACUCAUGAUUACGUCAGCAUUUAAGCUUCCCGGGACAGAGAGACAGCUUGAGGAGAGUCUCUGAACAACACUUGAUUGAGAGAGAGAGACGAGAGAAGAGAAGAGAGGAGGAUUGAAGAGAGAAGAGAGAAGAGAGAAAGAGAGAGACAAAAGAAGGAAGAGCAUCCUGGGGGGAAAAAAAAGGGAAGAAUGGAGGAGAGAAUGGAGGAGAAAAGAGAGGGAAUGAGAAUUAGGGAAACUACUCAUAUGUAUUCAUGAUGUAGUUGGUUCAGUGGUUAUUGAAUAAAGAGUCAUAAUUAAGUCUUCCCCUUCCCGUUUUCUCUAUUUUUUGCGUGGCAGUGUAUACGCAUUAUCAGAAAGGCAAGGGGAGACUUCGCUAUGUAGUUAGCCAUCCUAUGAAUCGAAGCAGGGAUUAACUUCUAGUUCCUUAGCUAGUUCUUAGUCGUUUAAGUAGGAGCUUCAAGAACGUGGGUCCCCUUUGGAGCUCUCGAGGAAGACCUCCGGGCCGGUAGAGCUUGAGGACCGAGGACAAGGUCCCAAGCUCUGACCUCCCACUCAAGGGUAAGCUCGCCAGCUCUCCCUCAAGCAAGUGCUGUUCAAGAAUCUCGUCGUUCAAAGUCUCCAAGGACUCCAGGAAGGCGAGACAAGUCUUAUUAGAUUAAUAAUUAAAUAAACAAGGUGUGAGCCGGUUUAGUCACCUGGGAAUUAGAAAACGGAUUUUUUGCAUUUAUUUAACCCUGUGUCUCUUGAGAUUAUAUAUGUGAGUCUGAUUGUGCUGAUGCUUUUAGGCAUCUGUCUAUAUAAUACAGGUUACCAAUCACAUAUCAUUCUUAAUAACGUAUCUAAUCUCUUUAAGGAAAUCUCUUAGAUCGGAAGAUGUCAGAAACUGAUUUAGGACAUAGUCUAGAGACCUAUAACCAACGGACGAUCCAUAUUUCGCUCUAUAAGGCACUUCGAUUCAGUGUUGGGUUUUUCUCCUUAGGUUCCAACCCCAAGCCCAUGCCAGCUAUGAGCCCAGGAUUCACGCACUUAUCGGCCCCGCCAAGUCGUGUAGGAGCGGGACCCUCCGUCGCGACAGUGAGAGACCCUCCUUUCUCCCUUCCCUUCUUCUUCCUCUUUCCAUCCUCCCUCCUUCCUUUCUUUCCUUCAUUUAUUCAUCCCAUCCCUCCCCCUUUUUUUUCCUCCAUUCCUAUUUUCCUUCCCCUCCUCAAACCCAGUUCUCUCCCUCCUCCUUCCUAUCCUUUCCUUCCUCUCUACCCUUCUCUUCCUGUUUUAUUUCCCCUCUCCUAUCCCUCCACCUCAUCCCCUCCUCCUAGCUACUUCAGAGGAAUCAUGGGACUGGGUGUUGGCUCCUGCAAGAGUUAUCCAUUUGUGUGGCAAACUAUAAUUAUUAUUAUUAUUAUAUUCGGUGUCGAGGAUAGGAACUUACUCAUAAGUAUUACAGCAGGCAUGGUGUUUCGUGUGACGUUUGUGUAUGGUACCUUUCAUCAAAGAAAGUGGUCGCCUCGUACCACGAAAAUCCUAUUAAAGUAAACAUAUAUAAAAAAAAUAAUGAUAAUAACCUUUCAUCACUUCUUGUUGUGUAUUGACCUGAGCUCUUGGUACUCUCGUGCCCGAGUUUCACUUAACCACACUGAAACAGCGGCCUCCCUGUGGUCC